GCUUCCGCAGCGGUGCAUUGUGGGUGUAAAUGGCAGCCUCCAGUAACAUUGUGACAGUGACUUAGGAGAGCCGGUAACUGACAAGAUUUUACUGGAUCCAGCUGCUGUGCAGUGUUUAAUGUAUGACGAGGUAUCGGCGACGGCGACCAGCAUGAAGGUUUUCUGUGGACGCGUUAACCCCACUACCGGGUCCGUGGACUGGGUGGAGGAAGAUGAAAAUUAUGAUUACCAUCAGGAGAUCGCUCGAUCAUCAUACGCUGACAUGCUGCAUGACAAAGACAGGAACAAGAAGUAUUAUGAGGGAAUCUGUGCGGCUGUGAGACGGGUGAAGGAACGGGGGCAGGAUGCUAUAGUUCUGGAUAUUGGAACAGGCACUGGACUCCUGUCAAUGAUGGCGGCUGCCGCUGGCGCGGACUUCUGCUACGCCAUUGAGGUUUUCAAGCCGAUGGCUGAUGCGGCCACGAGGAUCGUGCAAGCCAAUGGUUUUGGCGAGAAGAUCAAGGUCAUUAACAAACAUUCAACAGAGGUGACCGUGGGGCCAGAUGGAGACAUGGAACAACGUGCCAACAUCCUGGUUACUGAGCUGUUUGAUACAGAGCUUAUCGGGGAAGGUGCUCUGCCCAGCUAUGAACAUGCGCAGCACAAUCUCAUGCAGGAGCAGUGGGAGGCUGUCCCUCACAGGGCCACGGUUUAUGCCCUUCUCGUGGAGUCACAAAGGCUGUGGAGUUGGAACAAGCUGCUCCCCUUGAGUUUGGAUUCGGUGGAUAUCCGACCCCCGCCUGAGAUGGAGAGCUGCCCCGGGGCCCCGUCGGUGUGUGAUGUGCAGCUUAGCCAGCUGAGGCCGAGUGAAUUCACGAAACUAAGCGACGUCCUCUGUGUAUUCCGGGUAGAUUUCAGCGAGCAAGUGAGCAGUUCUGCGGUGUCUCACCCCGUACGUUUCAGGUCAGAGGCCGACGGGGCAGCUCAGGUGGUGCUGUCCUGGUGGGACAUAGACAUGGACCCAGAAGGGACUAUAGUAUGCAGUAUGAAGCCAAGCUGGGCCUAUCCCACCGUGCAGCCCGCUCCGUGGAGGGAUCACUGGAUGCAGUGCGUCUAUUUCCUACCAGAGGAACGGCAGGUGAAGCAAGGAGAGGAGCUUUGUUUAAUUGGCCAUCAGGAUGAUUACUGUGUCUGGUACAGCCUAACCAAACCUAGUGUAGAAGCACAGACCCAGGUACCUCUGGAACGCCCAGCAUGCCACUGCGGAGCCCAUAUCACGUGGAACCGAGCUCGGUUUGGGGAACUGAAUGACCGGCACAGGAUUGAACGAUACAGAGAGGCCAUAAGGAAGGUUCUCACCCCGAGCAGUGUGUGUCUGUGUGUGAGUGAUGGGAGUUUACUUCCGUUCCUAGCACACUCUGUUGGAGCCACACAGAUUUACACUUUAGAGUCUUCCUCUAUGUCCCAACAUCUCAUGGAGAAGCUUUUCCAAACCAAUCAACUCGGAGAUAAAAUCAGAGUCCUCCAGAAACCUCCGGACGGUGUCACUGCCGCCGACCUCCAAGAUGGGAAGAUAUCUGCAUUGAUUGGCGAGCCUUUCUUCACCACCAGCCUCCUGCCCUGGCACAACCUGUACUUCUGGUACGCCCGCACGGCUCUCUCGUCCAAGCUCGACACGCACUGCGCUGUGUUACCCCUCAACGCGUCUCUCUACGUCCUGGCCGUGGAGUUCAAGGACCUCUGGAGGAUCCGAAGUCCUUGCGGGACCUGUGAGGGAUUUGAUGUCAGCAUUAUGGAUGAGAUGAUCAAGAAUUCUCUAAACUUUCGGGAGUCCCAGGAGGCCGAACCUCACCCACUUUGGGAAUAUCCCUGCAGAGCCCUGUCUGACCCCACCAAGGUUAUGACCUUUGACUUUCGAGAGUUGGUCCCAACAGAGGAGAUGAGCGCGGAGGGUUCUUUAAACCUGGUGCGGUCCGGUGAGUGUCACGGGGUGGUCCUGUGGAUGGAGUAUCAGCUAGCGGAGGACAUUUCCGUCAGUACCGGGCUGCUGCGCGUGUCCAAGGAGAACGGCGACUGUCACUGGUAUCCAAACCGCAAACAAGGCGUUUAUUUCUUCAGUUCGCUGUUGGAUCCGGAGCCAGCUCGGACGCACAUCUCCAUUUCCAUCUCUUACUCUCUGACUUUCACCCCCAAAACGGGAGACAUCUGCAUGCGCUUCACGCCGCUUUCCUAGCAAUUCACUCAGCCGCUCAGUGUUAUUUCCUCAUUCUCUGAAGGAGAUUUAUCGGAUACCAAUAAAAUAUUUUGUUUUAUAUACCA